GUUCAGCUUUAUACAAAAGGAGUUUUAUAGCCGAUCCUCUUGGUGAGUGAAUUAAAGUAGUAGUUAUAUCUGAGUCUUCUCGUCGUCCAUCUGCCGGUCAAGUCAAUUGGUUUCUCACGUCUCUUCUAUUUACGUAGUAUAUUCACCAUUAGAAAUCCGGAAUAAAGAGGUUUGAAUACCGGAAUAUUACGUACCCUACACUUUUAUCAUUUUAAAAUGGCCCCUCCGUUCCGUGCCGAGCACUUAGGUUCGCUGCUGCGACCCGAAGAGCUGCUAAACGUGCGUGAAACUAUCCGGGACAAGGGUGUCUCGGCAGAGGAGGCAGGGCUACGGGCAGUUGAGAAGAAGGCUAUUGGCGACGUAGUUAAGCUGCAGCAGGACUUAGGCCUGAAGGCUGUCAACUCGGGCGAAUACAACCGUACGCGGUUCUGGGGUCUCUUUUGGGAUGAGAUCGAGGGUACCAUCCGCCUCCAAGAUGCCGACGCUAGCAUGUUCCGGUUGUAUCAUCCGGAUGUUGUUAGUCUGAUCGAAACAGGCAGGAAGGUUAUGCCCGGAGAGUCUGUUAUUGCUGGAAGCAAGCUAUCGCACAACCCUGCCAAAGCGGUGUCCAAUUUGUCUGAACUUCAGGUGGUGCAGGCAUUCGUUCCGGAGAGCGAUUGGGGCAACAUUAAGCUUACUAUGAUUGCACCGUCCUGGUUCCACAUGAGGUACAAGCAGGGCCAGGCCUAUACCAAAGAAGCCUAUGCCAACGACGCCGAGUACUUUGCAGACGUCGCUAAGGUUUACCAUGCCGAAUUAGAAACGUUAUACAAGGCCGGGUUACGAAAUGUCCAAUUUGACGACCCUGGCAUGGCUUACUUCUGCUCCAAGGACUUCCGGAAGGGUUGGGAAGAGGACAAGGACAACAUUGGGACAUGGGAGGACCUUCUUGACGCCUACAUCAAACUAUACAACGACUCCCUUGCCGGCUUACCAGCAGACUUCCACUCAGGUAUCCACCUGUGCCGAGGUAACUUCAUCGGCGGAAGGCACUUUUCCGAGGGAGCGUACGAUAUAAUUGCGAAGAAGCUAUUCGAGAACCUGAACGUAAACACAUUCUACCUCGAGUAUGAUACUGAGCGAGCAGGCGGCUUUGAGCCUCUGCAGUUCCUCCCUAAGGACAAAAACGUCGUGGUUGGUGUCAUCAGUACAAAGGUAAGACAGCUAGAGGAUAAGGAGGAGACAAAGGAGCAGAUCUACAGGGCGGCAGACUUCGUAGCGAAGGGAAGUGGCCAGACCCGUGAGGAGGCCCUGAAGAGAAUUUCCAUCAGCCCCCAGUGCGGUUUUAGCACCCACGAAACUGGAUACCCCUUAACAGUUGACGACGAGAAGAAGAAGCUGUCGCUCGUGAGACAGAUAGCUGACGAAAUCUGGGGCGAGCCCUAGAUGUAUAUCUAUAGAUGUGUACAUGACAUAGGAAUUAUUGGUCGGGAGAUGAUUAGUUAUGGCUUGUAGAGGUUUAGCGGCGCGCUCUUGGCUACUUCAACAGUCCAAAAUUUUGGGUUAGACGGACAAAGAUGGGGAGCCGCAGGUGCGGCGGCGGGCAGGCGCAUGUUUUUGGUAUACCCAUAGAGAAUCAACUUCUAAGACGUAUAUGAUGGGGACUCAGUCUACUAGAGACACGAGGAAAUUUUGAAAAUAGCCGAUACCACACAUGAUCUACCCGUUAUAUAAGGGGUACGAUCGUAACGUCAAGUAGGCGU